UCCAGGAUAUUCGUACGAGCCGUACAGAGUUUCGUCCCGAAUCGUUACUCUUAUGUUACUGUUGACCUCGCUAAGCCUUUAUGCGGCUUAUACAGCGAAUAUCGUGGGUUUGCUGCAGUCUACUACAGAUUCCAUCAAAACUCUAUCGGAUCUCCUGAACAGUCCUUUAAAGCUGGGCGUGAUGGAUGUAAUAUAUAACAGACAUUAUUUCAAGAGUUGGUGACUUGUAACGAUAAGUUACUUUUUGAGAGACAAAAACUGCAACUGUAACUAGUUACUUUUACAAAGUCACUUUCCCAACUCUGAUUAUAUAUAAUUUAUUGUCAAAUACCUCGGGACUUAUACGGUGUAAAAAUUACAAAUAGUAGAAGAAAAUUGCAAAAAAUAAAUAAGUU